AACCCAGUGCGCGUCCCGCGGGGGCGCUGCCUACCCCUCCCACACACUCUCCCGCCCCUUCGCCCCCACUCCACCUCCUCCUCUACUUUCUGCAUCACCCUGGCCUCUUGUCCUAGCCCUCCCCUCCCGGCGAGGGGCGGGAGGGGGCGUGGCGGGGCCGGGGCUAGUGCAACUGGGACCGAGAUCCUUGCACUCUGCUGCACGGAAAGUCCUGUCGGAGCCCGCGCCUUCAGCCGCUGUCCAGCCUGCUUGUUCCGCGCCCCGAAGCCACGCCGCGCUCUCCUCUCCUCCACUCUGCAGGAGGGGAAAGGGCUGCGAGGAGCAUCAGCUGCUGCUCGCCAUGGAUGCUCACCGGGCCCUGCUCUCGGCAGUCUUUCUCAUCAGUUUCCUGUGGGAUUUACCCGGUUUCCAGCAGGCUUCUAUCUCAUCCUCCACCUCCACUUCGUCCUCUUCGUCCUCGUCUUCCUCCUCGUCCGCUGAGCUGGGCUCAGCCAAGGGCAUGAGGAGCCGCAAGGAAGGGAAGAUGUCCCGGGCGCCGCGAGAGAGCGCCGCGGGCCGCGGGCACCCGGAGCAGGCGGAUGAGCCUCCGCGGCAGGAGCGCCCGCAGCCUGGACGCCAGGAACCGCAGUCCGAGCAGCCGGGUCCCCGGCGGCGGCAGCAGCCCCAGACUCAUGAACAAACAAUCAGAAGCCCUCGGGUGGUGCCCCACGAGUACAUGCUGUCCAUUUACAGGACCUAUUCUAUCGCAGAAAAAUUGGGGAUCAAUGCCAGCUUCUUCCAAUCUUCCAAGGCUGCCAAUACUAUCACUAGUUUUGUAGACAGGGGACGAGACGAUCUCUCGCACACUCCUCUCAGGAGACAGAAGUAUUUGUUUGAUGUGUCGACGCUCUCAGACAAAGAAGAGCUGGUGGGCGCGGAGCUGCGACUGUUUCGCCAGGCGCCCCCGACUUCCCUGGGGCCUCCGGGCGGCCCGCUCCACGUGCAGCUAUUCUCCUGCCUGUCCCCCCGAAUGCUGGACGCUCGGACCCUGGACCCGCAGGGGGCGCCCGAAGCCGGCUGGGAGGUCUUCGACGUGUGGCAGGUUCUGCGUCGCCACCAGCCCUGGAAGCAACUCUGCCUGGAGUUGCGGGUCGCCUGGGGGGAGCCCGGCGGGGAAACCCCACCUUCGUCCCCACCGCCUCCCGCUGAGCCGCCCCUAGACCUGCGGAGUCUGGGCUUUGGCCGGAGGGUGCGGCCGCCGCAGGAGCAGGCCCUGCUCGUGGUGUUCACCAAAUCCAAGCGCAAGAACCUGUUCGCUGAGAUGCGCGAGCAGCUGGGAGCCUCCACGGUCACGGCCACGGCCGCGGCGGGGGGCGAGGGCGCGUGGCUGCCACCCCAGCCCCUGCUGCCUCCCGACAGCGCCCAAGACUCGGGUUGGGGGCUGGCCUCGCAGGGCCGCCGGCGGCGACGCACCGCCUUCGCCAGCCGCCAUGGCAAGCGGCACGGGAAGAAGUCCCGGCUCCGUUGCAGCAAGAAGCCCCUGCACGUGAACUUCAAGGAGCUGGGCUGGGACGACUGGAUUAUCGCGCCCCUGGAGUACGAAGCGUAUCACUGCGAGGGGGUGUGUGACUUUCCCCUCCGCUCCCACCUGGAGCCCACCAACCACGCCAUCAUCCAGACUCUCAUGAACUCCAUGGAUCCCGGCUCCACCCCGCCCAGCUGCUGUGUGCCCACCAAAUUGACUCCCAUUAGCAUUCUCUACAUCGACGCGGGCAACAACGUGGUCUAUAAGCAGUACGAGGACAUGGUAGUGGAGUCCUGCGGCUGUAGGUAGCGGCGCCUUUCCCGCCGUCUCGGCCCGGGGACGGGAGGGGAGGACUGCAAAAGGGAGGAAAGUUGCCAGAUGGGAGUGGGGGGAGGGGGAGAACACUCCGGAAAAUGGACCUGGGAGACUGCAGUAGGCAAGAAUAAGGAGGAGGGGGAAGCCAAGGGAGGUGGUGGCCUAGGGGGCACUGACCGCUAAGGAGCCCGCCUUGAACACUUCCUUUCACCUAGAGAGAGGGAUAUGGACUUUCACACCCUGCCUGGGGACCCUGGAAAACAAGUCAAGGAUUUGCUUCGUGCUUGUUGUCUUUGCUUUUUCAAUUUCCUUGAAGCACCUGUGUGUCUCACGGGUUUUUAAUAGGAGAGGGGAAAGGAAACAGCCCUAUGUUUCACAGCUGUCUCAUGGAUUGAAAAUUAUUAUUUACAAAGAAAACGGGGUUGGGGGGAGGAGGAGAUCACUUCUAACCACACCCCAACCUUUUCUGCCUUUGGACCAUGCUGAGUUUUGUAUUUCCUUUCUGGGUGAAGUCAACUUUCCCAGUGGCCAUCCAAACAGAACAUCCUAAAACAGCAAAAUCUUUCCCCCUCCUAGCCACACCCUCCCCCUUCUCUUCAAGAGACCUGGAAGUCUUGUUCAGACCUUUCUUCUCUUAAAAGCAUCACCCCCAUACGACACUUUUAGCUUAAGUGAGCCAAGUUACUCACGUGGCUUGAUUUUCUUACGCAACCUGACCCCCCCUCCCACCCACCCCCACUCACCCUUCAGCUUCCCACGACUGCCCACGGUCCUUUUCUCAGUACUAUUGGAAUCCUAUUGCAGGGGCUCCAGUUCUGAGGAGAUAUGGGUUAUUUUUGCAAACUUUUUUUUUCUUUUUGGUUGAGGGAACCUGACAGUGACAAGAAUCAGUUCAAGCUAGGGGUAGUUUAGGAUAAUGGAUAGAGCCAGGAGAAAAAGGAGGCAAAGGCCCCCACUGAAGUUGUUCUCCCUCCUCCUUUCCCCCCUCCCCCCUUAGCUGCCUCUUUCUUUUCAGGAUUAUCUGAUGAUCCAGGUCUCCUUCUAAGGUGAAGGCAAUUUCCCAAGUACAAAAAACAAUCAAGUGAAAGGAGAGGGGAGGAGGGGUAGGGUAGGAGAGGAAGGGAGGGAAAGAGAAUUCGAUGAGAGGGUAGAAUAGAGGGAGGAGGGGAGCCAAAGGAUUUAUUUUGAGGAGAGGUGGUGGUCACUAACCCACUCGACUCAGAGCAAGAUGAGAGAGUCUAGACUCUAGAAGGGGAAAACGAGUGAAAGGAAGAUAGACACACUGUAAGAAACAGGAGUAUAGAAGUGCUUGUCUCUGAAGUUUAUCUGAAAAGUUUCUCCCUUUUUCUCCCUGACAUUCCUGAAAGAUUACCAGCCAGAAAUCGCCUAGGGCACCCCCAAAAGAAUUGUUUCGGAUUGUAAUUACCAGUUAGGCUAUGUUUUUAAAACUUAGUCAUGAAAAACUGUGAAAAGAGCAAAGUGUUACAUUGAACAUGGGGAGGGGGAUGGGGGUAGUGGGUGAUGGUGGUGGAAAUCAACCUUCUUAAUGUGAGGAAUUGUGUAUGGUACUGUUUAAUUCCUCAGUUCCAAACCCAAAAAAAUGAACCCCCCCCCCAACCUGCACCAGUAUUAUUUGUAAACAUUAUCCUAGAAGUCCUCAAAAGGGUCCAUUUGCUCCCCACCUUUGGCUUGUGAAAUUUCCUCAACCAAGAGAACAGGUAAGGAAAAACAAGGUCUGGGUUUUUCCCACCUGUGUAGUUUUGCUCUCUCUCAGUUUAACCCUGUUAGCUUGUCUGGUUCACAGAACUAUAAACUGGCGAAGAAAAGAUGGGAAUAAUAAUAAUAAAAAUAAUAAUAUAAAAUACUAACUAAAAAAAGGACUUGGCCAGGAGCAAUAAUUUAAAAUGCACAUUUGCUUUGAUGCACUGUUGUUCAUGUUAAGACUGUAUAUAUUUGUUUAUUUAAGCAGCCUGAAAGUGCAAAAAGGAAAUGAACAGCAUACAUUUCAUUUUAAUGUACAAAACAUUAUAUGCACUCAAAAUGUUAUAAUUUCUAAUAUUUUUAAAGUUUAUAUUUGAGUUGUACAAAGUUACGCAUUAAUCAGAUAUUUCAUUCUUACAUAAUGUUAUCAUUUCCUUAAAUAAUAUUACAAAAUUUAAAUUCUGUCUAAUGGAGAUUUUUGUUUUUGUCUACCUCACUAUAAUGCAAGUAUUUACAACUCUAAAGUGACCUGAGGUAAAUUAAUAUUCAAAACAUUUUUACAGUACACUUUUCCUGGAUGAUACUCCAACUAUUACUGUAUUAUUAAACUUCUUUCUCAAAAUC